AACAUAUAGUUAUAAACAAGGCCAUCAUCUAUCUAUCUAUCUAUUCUUGCCAAAGACAUUUCUCAACCAACACCAAAUGGAUCUUCUCCCCAUUCGGAAAGCUCGAAAUGUGAAGAGAAGAACAAAGAUAAUAUGGAUAGCAACAGCAGCAGCCAUAAUAAUAAUACUAGUGGCCGCAAUCAGUCAACACUCCUCUCCCUCUCCGCCACAAAAAACCCCAUCAACGAACAAUAUUAAUCCUCCGGCGCAAGAUAUCCAGAUAGUCGACAGCCACGAAGAAUGCGAUAUCUUCACCGGGGAUUGGAUCCCGAAUCCCGAGGCUCCGUACUACACCAACAAGACGUGCUGGGCUAUCCAUGAGCACCAAAACUGCAUGAAAUACGGACGCCCCGAUUCCGACUUCAUCAAGUGGCGCUGGAAGCCCGACGCCUGCGAUUUGCCCUUGUUCAACCCCUACCAGUUCCUCGAUAUCGUCCGGGACAAGUCCUUGGCCUUCGUCGGAGAUUCCGUUGGGAGGAAUCAGAUGCAGUCCAUGAUAUGCCUCUUGUCCCGGGUCGAGUACCCGAUCGACGUCUCUCCGACGUCGGACGAGCAUUUCAAGCAUUGGAAGUACGUGAGCUACAACUUUACAAUGUCAUAUUUCUGGUCACCGUUCCUCGUCCGCUCCGCUGAGAGGGACGCCGACGGCCCGACCCACACGGGCCUCUUCAACCUCUACCUCGACGAGUACGACGAGUCGUGGACCACUCAAAUCCACGACUUCGACUACCUCAUCAUCAACGCCGGCCACUGGUUCACCCGCACUGCCGUCUACUACGAGCGCCGCCGCAUCGUCGGCUGCCGCUUCUGCCAGCUCCCCAACGUCACCGACUUCCCAACCACGUACGGCCUCCGCCGGGCCCUCCGGACGGCCUUCCGGGCCCUUGAGGAUUUCAAGGGAGUGACGCUCAUGCGGACGUUCGCGCCGUCGCAUUUCGAGGGCGGGAAUUGGAACGCCGGCGGAGACUGCGUGCGGAGGAGGCCGGUGGGGAGCAACGAGACGGUGUUGGACGGGCAGACGUUGGAUAUGUAUAUGACACAAUUGGAGGAGUUUCGGGCGGCGGAGAGGAGAGGGAAUAGGAGGAUGAGAGUGAUGGAUGCGACGCAGAUGAUGCUGUUGAGGCCCGAUGGGCACCCGAGUAGGUACGGGCAUUGGCCCGAUGAGAAGGUGGUGUUGUAUAAUGACUGUGUGCAUUGGUGCUUGCCCGGCCCGAUUGAUUCAUGGGCCGAUGUUUUGCAUCAUAUGUUGAAGAUGGAGGCCCGAAGAUGGUAUCAGGAGAAGAAGAAGAGAAUGCAGUAGUUAUUGAAGUACCACUACACCUCUUUUCUUGUUGGGUGUCUUGAUUGUUUUUGUUUUCGUUUCUUAGUCAAAUUUGUAAUGCAUUGAGUUUGUCAAUUACAUGUAAUUAAAAGGAA